AUGGAAGUGAACCGUGACGUGACACCUCCCACCACCGCUGUUUACACCUUGAGUCCUGGACAAGUCGCUUCAAACCGGGAUCAGGCACAGGUCCCGCGGCUCCAGGCGGCUCCAGACGGCUUCUCUCCUGCAGGUGCGGACGGAGCGGGUGUGCCAAAAGUCUGGAGCAACAACAAGCUGCAGCAGCCGAAUCCAACGCCUGUCGCUGCGCCGUCACAGACCGACAACAAGGCUCCAACCAGAACCGGUGAGUCCACCAAAAGAUAA